AUGGAAGAUAUUAGUAAUUCCUUGAAAAGACAAUUAGAAUUUUUAUCUGAUCACAAAAGUCUUCGUGCAGCAGCAAGAAACAAGGCUAUCAAGAUUCUUGCAAACCUGCAAGAAACUCUCAAACGACAGGAGAUUUUGAAUUUUAUUGAAAAUCAAGAUCUAAAAUUUGCUAAAGUUACUUCUAGUUCAACAUCACAGACUACUGUUAAUAUUGAACAAGAAGAAAAUGAACACAAAGAAAACGAAG